AUGGAUUAUACGACCAUAGUGAGUGAUAUUGAAAAUACUUUGAACACAACUCUCGACUCUUCCACUCGUGUAUUUGAUGUUGACGACGAGUUUACACCGAUUCAGAAGUUUAAGACUGCCGCUUACUGCGCGAUCGGCCUGUGUGGUUUGCUGGGGAACCUGUUGGCCUGUGCUGCCUUCUGGUCCUUCCAAUCUCAACUGAACCGAGUCAGUUUGCUCAUCUUCACCCAAGCCUUGGCUGAUCUGAUCACCAGUGUGUUGCUGAUCCUCUUCGGCAUCACGCAGAUCUGGCGACACCGGUCUCCGACCAGCCCCUGGCUCUGCCGGUUCUGGUGGACCCAGUUUGUCCUGUUCUUCUUCACCGCCAUCUCUUCCUUCAACCUGAUGCUGAUGUCUCUGGAGCGCUACUCCGCCGUGGUACACCCUCUCAAGUACGCCCGCUGCUUCACGCGACGCAACACCAAGAUCUUCGUGGCGAUUCUCUGGCUGGUUGCGCCCGUUAUGCAAUACGCUCAUCCUACCUUCUGGACGACCGUAGCUAGCGGGUCCUGCAAGGCGGUCGCCCCGUUGGGGCGAAUCGUCCAAGCCCUGACCGGCUCUAUGCUCUACCUCUGGGAGUUCCUGCUACCAGUCUGCAUCAUGGGAUUCUGUUACAUCUCCAUCGUGAGAGCUCUUCGUCGCCAGGAGCGAGUGUGUCAUACACCGGCUCAGCCCGGGAGCACCGGUGCUGGCAAGAUGUCGGCUCGUAACAGAAACAUCACCAUGACUCUCAUCACCCUCUUCGUCCUAUUCGUCAUCUGCUGGGCGCCUAAUCAGACCACCUUCUUCCAGUUUAACCUGGGAGGUCCGCUGGACUACCAGGGUGGUUGGUACCACUUCACCGUCAUCCUUGCCUUCUUGAACUCCUGCGUCAAUCCGUUCGUCUACGCGUUCCGGAUGAAGCAGUUCCGGCAGAGGGUCGUAAUGAUGCUGUGUUGCGGUUGUGGUUCAAGGGGAAACCGACGGCAAGGUUCUCAAAGCAACAGGACCACAGUGGUCCAGUCAGUGGCGUAA